UAGUUUAAGGGUGAGGCGUUAGCCAGUGUGAGUGAGGUCGACUGAACUUGCUGUUAGCUAGACCGGUAUUAGCUUCUUCUCCAGAGCUUACAUUACCAGAAAUAUAUGUAUUUUUUCUCACUCUAAGUUGUGAGUAGAUUUAGUAGGCAGUGAAAACUGAAGAAAAGGACAUGGCUCCCAAGAAGCAGAAGGGAGGUGAUGGACAGCAGCCACCACCACUGAUUGGACGGUUUGGGACUUCUUUGAAAAUAGGAAUCGUCGGAUUGCCCAAUGUAGGGAAGUCAACCUUUUUCAACGUACUGACAAAGAGUCAAGCUGCAGCUGAGAAUUUCCCCUUCUGCACCAUUGACCCAAAUGAAAGCAGAGUGCCCAUUCCAGAUGAACGCUACGAUUUCCUGUGCCAAUUCCACAAGCCUGUCAGCAAGGUGCCAGCCUUCCUGAACGUGGUAGACAUAGCAGGACUGGUGAAGGGAGCUCACGCUGGCCAGGGUCUGGGCAACGCCUUCCUGUCCCACAUCAGUGCCUGCGAUGGCAUCUUCCACAUGACACGUGCGUUUGAGGAUGAGGACAUUGUCCAUGUGGAGGGGAACGUGGACCCAGUGAGGGACAUUGAGAUCAUCCAUGAGGAGCUGAGGCUGAAGGAUGAGGAGAUGAUCGGGCCCAUUAUGGAGAAGCUGGAGAAGGUGGCCGUGAGGGGAAGCGACAAGAAACUCAAACCUGAAUACGACGUAAUGCUCAAAAUCAAGAACUGGGUCGCGGAUGAAAAGAAACAUGUCCGCUACUGUCGCGAUUGGACUGAGAAGGAGAUCGAAGUGUUGAACAAAUACUUGUUUUUGACAUCCAAGCCAAUGAUUUACCUCAUUAACCUCUCAGAGAAAGACUACAUCAGAAGAAAGAACAAAUGGUUGGUGAAAAUCAAGGAGUGGGUGGACAGUCACGACCCCGGGGCGCUGGUCAUCCCCUUCAGCGGAGGAGUGGAGAGUGUCCUGCAGGACAUGAGUGAAGAGGAGAUUCAGAAGUACUGCACCGAGCACAAGGCUCAGAGCGUUCUGACAAGGAUCAUCAAGGCUGGCUAUGGAGCCCUACAGUUGGAGUACUUCUUCACAGCUGGACCAGACGAGGUCCGUGCGUGGACCAUCCGGAAAGGAACCAAGGCUCCACAGGCAGCCGGCAAGAUCCACACGGACUUUGAGAAGGGCUUCAUUAUGGCUGAAGUAAUGAAAUUUGAGGAUUUUAAAGAGGGAGGCAGUGAGAACGCUGUCAAGGCAUCGGGGAAAUACAGACAACAGGGGAAAACCUACAUUGUGGAGGACGGAGACGUCAUCUUUUUCAAAUUCAACACCCCGAACCAGCCCAAGACUAAGAAGUGACUCCGUCACAGUCUGUUGGCUACCAGAAUGGACUGCGCCGUUAGAUAAUUCGUCUUCUUUGUUUUUAGACAGAAUGAAGCUGGAGAUUGUGAUUGAUACCUGCCAGGUCGGCUCAGUCCUACCUACUGCCCACUCUGCCACAUUAUCCCUGUUUGUUUUUGGUUCAGGAGAAUUCCAUACAGUCCCCCUUGCCAAAGAACAGGUCCACUAAACGUUGACAGCUUUUGGUAGGAGCAUUUGAAGAAGCGUAUUACUCUCUUGAUACUUCAUUAAUCUCCAUCACUGGUGCCAGGCCUGACACAGCUGACAGCAGGGACAAUGCGACCUGCUCCUCUCUUCCUUCCAGAGAUAAUGCAUGUUUUACAGUAGCCCAGAUGUCUAUACUCAAUAAAACAUUUGACAAAACCA